GGGAAUGACGGUGCUAUUAACCCAGUCCCUUCACAUCUGGGGCCAGAUGGUUCAUGAAGUCUGUGCUGGUUCCUCAGCGAGCCAGCUGUGUGAAAACAGAGACACUCGUACCAUGAGAAGAUCAUUGAAACUUUAAAACAACAAACUUCGAGAAGGAACCAGAAUGUUUUACUGUCAGCCCAUCCCAUUGGCUACAGCUUGCUCUCCAACUGUAUAAGAAGCCAUCUGAUUGGAGAAUCUUCAUGAGCUCAGGAGAUGAGAGAGUACCGGCAACAAGAGCAGUCUGACUCCCAGCAGAUACUUCCCGUGACACAGGAGCUCCCCGUUCUCGAGCAGUUUGUUUGUCAGAAGAAGAAUAAGAAGGAGCGGAGUCGGCUGACGGACAAUAAAAUGUUGGCUGGCUCACAGAAGCCAGGCCGAGCGCAGAAAACCUCCAGCCCCAACAAGCAGUUAAAGAGCCCUGGCUCUCCGGGAAUGCUGUCUCACAGUCCAGGCACACUUCUGUCUGGCUGCUCCAGGCCCAGAGGUCUGAAGAGCCCCCCACUCACGGACACACAAAGAUUUUCUGAGAACAGUUUGAAAAUAAAACACGAAUCAGAAAUCCGCCUGUCCACAGUCCCAUCGCCGAAACCUGUGACCAAUCAAAUGCACACAGACAGUAAACUGACCAAUCACGGUAAGCCGGUCAAUAGCAGUGGCCCUGCCCCCAAUGCGAGCCAGGGACCAGUCUGUGGCCUGGGCCCCAAAACCACAUCGAACCCUGGUCACGGGACCAAGUCCACACAGAUCUCUCCUGGAAGCUCAGCGCUGAAAAGUAGCCAGAACUCUGUGCCCAACCUCGGAGCGCUGAAGGGUAAAGUGAAACGGGAAAGGAGUAUCUCGGUGGAUUCGGGAGAGUUACGGGAUACCACCACACCCAUUAUCGACACGGAAACAAAAGUGGACGGACCCCCCCGCACCAAGAGGCGCUGUGUGCUGGAGCGGAAGCAGCCGUACAGUGGGGAUGAGUGGUACUCAGGCCCUGACAGUGACGAUGAAGAUAAAGCUGCAGUGACUGCGCACAAUUGUAAUGUAGUAGAAUCCGUGCUCUCGGGGACUGUUCAGCCGUCUCCUGGUUCGAACCCCCUGCCGGCUGUCCCAGACAGUGCUCCUGCCAGCAUCACCCACAACCCAGUGGGGGGACCUUGCCUGCGGUCAGACACUAACAUUCCGAGGAAUCCCAGCAAACCACCCUCUCAGUUUGUGUACGUCUUCACCACUAACCUGGCCAACAUAGCUGCUGAGGCUGUGGCACAGGGCCGUGUGGAUUCCAUCGUCUCCUACCACACUCACAAUGUACCCCGGGCUAAACUCGAGCAAGUGUAUGAUCACAAGCCCUCUGUUACACCUCAGAAAGGACCUGGACUUCAAGAGCAGCUGUCACUCAACACGCCUCCAACUCCACAGCAAAGCCUCCAACCCCCAAGCUCACUGCCUCAGGAGGGGGCAGCUGGGGUGGACCCCCUACACUCAGACAUUGGACCCAAGUCGAUGGAGAGCAAUGGUGGGGUUGGAACCCAACUGGGGAACAGUCAUCCCAACACCAGUAACCCAAUGGCCGGUGUUCCAGUUGGAGAUCCAGCCAGUGGAGGAACUGGAGAGGCCGGCAAUCCAAAUGGGAAUGGAUCGCUGAUCAUGAACCUUAACCCCAACACCGAGGGGUUGUCCAAAGAGCAGCUGGAACACAGGGAACGUUCCUUACAGACUCUGAGGGACAUUGAAAGGCUGUUGUUACGCAGCAGCGAGAGUGAGUUUCCUAUGAAAGGUAACUGUGGUCCCAACGGACAAGGGGAUGGUCAGCAGGUCAUGAAAAAGCCAGAGGAACCUUUACAAUCCAUGAUCUCCCAGACCCAGUCUCUGACUGGGGUCGAAGGUCAGAAUAUGGAGCACGAACCCAUGCAUCAUCCAGAGAUAAUGCAACGUGACCCAAUGGGACAACAGGUCAACAUGAUGAAUCCGAAUAACCAAGAGAACUUGACUCCAGAGCAGAUAGCCUGGAGGAAGCUGCAGGAAGAUUUUUAUGAGGAGAAGAGGAGGAAACAAGAGCAAGCUGUGGUUCAGCAAAGGACUAUGCAAGAGAUAAUGAUGCAGAGGCCCAUUGGGGGUGUGAUGGUUCGAGGACCCCCACCUCCCUAUCACAGCAAGGCUGGAGAGCAGUGGCCAUCAACGAUGGGAGCUCGCUUCACCAGCCCCAUGGAGGGCUCGGAUUCGCUGCAGCCCCGUGGGACUGCCCCUUUCUCGGGCCCCCGCUUUCCCGCCAAUCAGAUGCAGAGGGUUAGCGGAUAUGGAGGAAUGCACAAUAUGCCAGUGGAGGCUUUGGGAGCCAUGAAUCCGAUUCAGAGACAGGUACGGCCUGGAAUGCCCUGGCCAGAUGACAUCUCUCCGAUGGCGGGUGCAGGGAACUUCCCACAGGGGGGUAUGCCCUUCCACCCUGGCCAGGGAGACCCCGAGAGGUUCAUGAACCCAAGGGCCAGGGAAGAGCUGUUGAGGCAGCACUUAAUGGAAAAGAGAUCAAUGGGAAUGCAGCGCCCACUCAGUCUGAACAACACCAACAGCAUGGCUGGAAUAUCCCAGGGGCUCGAGAUGGAGAGAAUGAUGCAGGCCCAGAGACAGAUGGAGCCUGGAAUGUUCCCUGGCCAAUUACCUGGAGAUAAUGUCAGUGGGAACCCAAUGGGUUUGGACUUUGUUGGGUCAAGGGGCAUGUUGAGCCCUCCCUUGGGGCAGGCAGGCCCCAUGCGCAAUAUGGACUCCUCCAUGGGAUCUGGAAAUGUCAAUAUGAACAUGAAUGUCAACAUGAACAUGAACAUGAAUCUCAAUGUCCAGAUGACCCCCCAGCAACAGAUGAUGAUGUCACAGAAAAUGAGGGCACAGGAAAUGAUGUCACAUCAGGUUUUGACCCCAGAAGAAAUGGCAAGAGUGAGAGCACCCAAUGGCAACAUGAUGUUGGGCGACCCUCAGAAAAUGGCACCACAGUCUCAAUUCCCAAAUCAUGGACAACAGGGUUUUCCAGGCGGUCAAGGACAAUUUUCAAGUAUGUCUCAAGAAGUCAAUAACCUGGGGACUCCCGGGGAGAUGUUCAGUCCUGAGCAAGGCCCUGUGCCUAUUACUAGCAUGAGUGGUACAGCUAGACUGAGCCAUAUGCAGAUGGCUCCAACUUCCAAUCAAUCAAGUAACCAUGGUAACGUGGGCACGUUGCUUCCAGGGGCCCAGAGGGGACUAGGUCGCAGGCCCUCUGACCUCACCAUCAACAUCAGUCAGAUGAACUCCCCAGGUAUGGGGCACCUUAAAUCCCCGACCAUGAGCCAGGUCCACUCUCCUCUGGUCAGUUCUCCAUCGGCCAAUCUCAAAUCUCCACAGACACCGUCUCAAUUGGCCAACUUAAACUCCACCAACUCCUCGGCUCCCAUCAAGUCCCCCCAGGUGAUGAGCUCCUCCCUUCCAGUCCGCUCCCCAGCCAGCUCCCCAAACCGGCUCAAAUCACCAUCAGUGUCUGUCACCUCUCCAGGAUGGAGUUCAUCUCCGAAGACCACCCUCCCAAGCCCUGUCAUAAGCCAGGGGAAGCAGGCCAUGGCUGUGAACUCUGCAGCUCCAAUGGGAAGCAUGGAGCAAGGUCCUCUGGCCUCUGCCCCUCGUUCUGGCCCUGGCCCUGGGCCUGGUCCUGGUCCUGGUCCUGGGCCUGGGCCUGGUCUGCCUUAUAACUCACCUGAAUCAACGCCCUCCCAGAACCCGCUCUCCCUCAUGAUGUCGCAGAUGUCCAAGUACGCCAUGCCCAGCUCCACUCCGCUCUACCACGACGCUAUCAAAACCAUCGCUACCUCCGAUGACGAGUUGAUUCCUGAGCGCUCCAUGGCAAUGAUUCCAUCAGCAAACAUCCCCGGACUGAGUGGGAGCCAGAAUCCCCAGAUGCACCUGGUGUCACAGAGUGGUCCUGGAUCGGGAUCUUCAAACAGCCCCCUGGCAAUGAGCAUGGUGAGCCAUCCACUCUCUCACGAACCUGCGACCCCCAUGAUGCCGUCCCCCAGCCUGAUGGGGCACAACGUCCCGAUGCACGAAGGACAUGCUGGUGGACUGGGCGUACAGAGCCCGGUGAUGGUGCACCCUUCCCAGGACUCCCUUGGCCAACCCUGCGGCCCCUUGCCCGCCACUGGCCCCCAGACGCUACCUCAGAACGCCAUGGUCCUCCAGCGCAUGCAACACCAGUCCCACAAUGCCCUGCAGUCCCCGGGCUCUGGGAUGCAUCAGGUGUACCCCCCGGGCUUGGUCAUGCCUCAGGAAGAGGGUGUCCCAUUGCACGGGGUCUCUGCCGGAUCAGGGGCCCCUCAGCAGCCCCAGCAGCAGCAGCAGCCCCCUCCUCCCCACCUGAUGGUGAAGAACGCUCCGAGCAGGUCUGCAGGUGAUAGUUACCAACUCUCCGGCGUGGCCUCAGUCCUCAACGACCCAGAGCUUCAGGAUGUCAUCCGACCUUCAGCCAGCGGUAUCCCUGAGUUCAAUCUCUCGCGCAUCAUUCCCUCUGAGAGGCCAAGCAGCACACUGCAGUAUUUCCCCAAGGGCGACUCUCAAGCGUCGAAAGCUCCGUCUUCCAACCCUCACCUCAUGAACCUUCAGAGUAUGAUGUUGGAGCAAGCUCCUCCGAGCAGAGCUACCCUCCAGGGACAGCAGCAGCAGCAGCAGCGAGGUCUAAGCAUGCACAUUUUCCACCCGGGGCAGGUACCGGGGCCGAUAAUGGGAAGGACAGGCCUACCGUCCCAGCACAGUGUGAUGGGAAACAGUCUCCACCACGUUCUCAUGUCACCGCAGCAACAGAACCUGGUGCUUCAGGCCAAGCAGAGGAGCCUCUCAAUGUCGGGGGAGAUGUACGGACAGAUGGGACACAUGCUGCCCCCACAGGUAGCUGUCCCUCACCAAAGCCUCGUGUCCCCCCAGCAACUGAGACAGAGGAGCAUGUCGUUAGAUACACCCAUCAGCUUCGUCCCCGGAUUGGGAAACACUGCCAACUUACCGUUCUAGCUUCUCCCCUUUUCGUACAAUUAGGAUUUAUGCAAGUUGAGAAGCCACAGUGAUGAGUGUGGGUAGGAGACGGAAUUAAAGUAAUUUUAUUACAAAACAAAAUGAGGCCAGAAACUGAGGAAACAAAGAGUUUAUACCAAGAUGGGGUAGGGUGGGGUGGGGAGAAGUCAAAAAAUAUUUUUUAACAGAAUGAGCUCGGAGAAAGACUUCCAAACAUUUGUGUGUUUCAAUUUACUUUAUUUUUAAUCUCAAUCUCCCUCUCUCCACAUCUCUCUCUCUCUCUCUCUCUCUCUCUCUCUCUGUCUCUCUCACACACACACAUUUGGUUUCCUCACCUGUUGUUGUGCAAAGGGAUUUUUAUUAUUGCUGUAUAUAUUCUGCCUUGGUCUGUGAUUUGUUUUUACAGUUCCUGUAACUCUUGUGUUUUCGCGAGAAAACUGUGACAGGCAAAUUUCCAGAAGCAGACCCUCUUCCCAAACAGAAAGGUGACUGUUUGAAAGUUCCCCAGCAGCACAUUUCUGAAAUGUCGGGGUCAGAGUCUGGUGGCCCACCCCCAUCGCCCCAUGGGUCUGUCAUUUUGUGGUUUUUAUGAGGAAACUGUGCUCACAGUGUGAUGGGCCUGCAGCACAAUGGGACUGCUUCAUAGAAGCAUCAAUGAGGAUUUAAUGGGAUUGGGGGCGGGGGUAGGUGGUUAUAGGGCUGUUUGGGAUUGAUCACAUGCCUAACCCCAUUUCACCCCCAUUUCCCCCGUCCCUGUGUGGGGUUGGAAUGCAGCACUGCAGCCCAGUUGACUGUGGGUGUUGAGGGAGGGGAUUGAGGCUGUUGUUUCGGUGCACAUAGCCCUCUGAUUACUCGGGUUUAUCUCUAAGCUGAUAGUACACUAUGCUGGCCAUUCUCACAACCCAGCUGAGAGCCUGAGGACAGUGCUUAUCAGGCCGUGAUCUAGGAUAUUGAGGUCAGAAACUGGCCAGAAGCCCUGAGAAGUUUGGAGCUGUAAGGCAUGGGGUUUUGGUUAUUCUCCUGCGCAGACAUCUCCCCCUAGUGGGUGUUUGGAGCCACAACAAUCCAUACAGUUCAGACAUUGAGUUCAAACCGUGAGCGUUUACAUAACACAGAGGUGGGUCAUCAGCUGCAAUGAUCUGGCCAGUGGCAGAUCUCCUCUUCAGUGAAGAAUUGUUGGCUCACCAAUACUUGAGGGUUAAUUUGUGGGUUAAUCUCCAGGCUCCCUCAGAUCACUCGAUAGUUAACCAUUUUUACCAAGAUGUAGGUGAUACAGGGCCCCCCACGUCAGGUGGGAGUUGAGGAUGUGACACUAAUUCCAAGUGUUUCAUUCAUGUGAGGAGUAUUAACCUCCGCCCUCACCCUCAGAAUGCUGGGUAGCUGUCACUGUAUGGUCCCGGGCCUGAGGUUUCGCUGCCCCUGGAGCACUGGGGUUUUCAGAUUAAUGUGUAUUACCUCCCAUCACUGGUCAGAUGAGGCUGUUUCACCUCCAGCAAGAGUCACUCUCCUCGGCUUUGAGUUGGAGUAACUUUGGACAGAAAUAUGUUUUUUCAAAAAAUUAUGUAAAUUUGCUCCUGCUCCUGUUCCCUUUGUCUCCUGAGAAAUGUUUGAUUAAAUCACAUUUCUAUCCCCUUGGGUCUCAAUUAUAAAUAAUAUUUUCAGUCAGAUAUGAGAAUUCUGUUGCCCUGUCAGCUUGGGGGAGAUGCCAGGGGCCUGUGGCUAUAAAGUUGCUCAUGUAGCCCUGCUCUUGUUUCUGGGUCAGGCUGCACUGAGCAGUGGUCACUUGUCCAUUUGCACAGGGUAAUGAAGGAGGGGGCAGGCAGUUUGAACGGUAACCCAGUGAUGUCGCCUCUCACUGGGCAGCAUAAUGGGAUGUGAUUCCAUGACCCCUCAAAUUCAGCAAUAUUCUGUAGCUCAACAGGAGAGAUAUUGAUUGAUUAAUAAUUGGGGUGGGGGGUGAGGAAUGGGUGAAGAGAUUAAGGUCUAUGCUAUGGCCCCUUACCCCUGCUGUAUCUGAACCCUGCUCCUUAUCCCAGGCUGUGAAAAUCUGCCCCCAGGGGGUGCUGCUGCUACAAUUUCAGGCGUUCCUGACAGGAGGUUGAACAUAACCUGACCCACUCACUUGCCUGUGGAUCGGUUGGUCAUGGGAAGGGUCUUUCUUGUCAGGAGAGACUCAUAUCAGGAGCCUUUGGACCAGGAUUUUCCGGGUCCAGUGAGUUUGGGCAUCUAGACAUGGGUUUCAGAGUCACGUGAUGUGUGGUUCUGAUGAUGGGGCUCUGAAGGAUCCGAUGGGGGAAAGGGUCUCUCUGACAGAUUUAACUGUCACAGCCCAUCCAUCAUUUGAAACAUUUUUUUUUUGCACCUUUUGGUCCAGAAACUGGUUUUGUUUCUUUGUUUAUACAGUUCAGACAUUCAUAAAAUAAAUCCAAUUUUAAAAAAAAA